UCUGCAGACAUCAUGGCUCAGCUGGUCGAGUGCGUCCCAAACUUCUCUGAAGGUCGAAACAAAGAGGUAAUCGAUGCGAUCUCAGCUGCCAUCUCCGGCACGCCGGGCUGCAGCCUGCUGGAUGUCGACCCUGGCGCCUCCACCAACCGGACCGUCUACACCUUCGUGGGCUCUCCUGCAGCCGUGGUGGAGGGAGCGCUGAACGCCGCCCGGCAGGCUUUCAGCCUCAUCGACAUGAGCAAACACUCAGGUGAGCAUCCUCGGACCGGAGCGAUGGACGUCUGUCCCUUCAUCCCCGUCCAGAACGUCUCCAUGGACGACUGUGUCCACUGUGCCAACGUCUUCGGACAGAGACUGGCAGAGAUGCUGCACAUUCCGGUGUUUCUUUACGGAGAAGCUGCACGAACACAAGCGAGGAGAAAUCUUCCGUCCGUCCGAGCUGGAGAGUACGAAGCUUUACCUGACAAGUUGAAGCGCCCUGAGUGGGCGCCCGACUUUGGUCCCGCCGUGUUCGUGCCGUCCUGGGGCGCUACGGUGACCGGUGCACGCAAGUUCCUCAUUGCCUAUAACGUAAAUCUGAUCAGCACCAAGGAGCAGGCUCAUCGCAUCGCUCUGGACAUCAGGGAGCAGGGCCGGGGGAAAGACCAGCCCGGGCUGCUGCAGAAGGUCCAGGGGAUGGGCUGGUACCUGGACGAAGCCAACAUCGCCCAGGUGUCCACCAACAUCCUGGACUACGACGUGACCCCCCUCCAGACUGUGCACCAGGAGGUCUGCAGGGUCGCUGAGGAGCUGAAGCUGCCGGUGGUGGGCUCCCAGAUUGUGGGUCUGAUCCCUCUGAAGGCGGUGCUGGACUGUGCUGACUUUUAUAUCCACAGAGACCAAAUCUUCGUCAUGGAAGAGGAACACAAAGUCCGGCUGGUGAUUAGUAAACUCGGCCUCGACUCUCUUGGUCCGUUCAACCCAAAGGAGAGAAUCAUAGAGUACAUGGUGAGGUCCCAGGAGGACAGUCGCCUGGUGUCUCUGUCUCUGCAGCAGUUUGUUCAGAGCGUUGGUGCUCGGACAGCGGCUCCCGGUGGAGGAUCAGUUUCUGCCGCUGUCGCUGCUCUGGGGGCGGGGCUGGGCGCCAUGGUGGGUCAGAUGACCUACGGGAAGAGACAGUUUGAGAAGCUGGAUGGCGUGAUGAGGAGGCUGAUUCCUCCGUUCCAUCAGGCCAUGAACGAGCUGCUGCUCAUGGUGGACGCCGACUCCACCGCUUUCAACAGCUACAUGGCAGCACUGAAGAUGCCAAAGAACACUGCAGAGGAAAUAAAAAGGAGAGAGGCUGCCAUGCAGGAGGGUCUGCAGCGAGCAGUGAGCGUGCCCUUGGCUCUGGCUGACAGGAUCAGCGUCCUCUGGUCUCCUCUGAAGGAAAUGGUCAUCUACGGAAACAUCGCUUGCAAGUCAGACGCUCAGGUGGCGGCUAAGGCCUUAGAGACGGCUGUUUUCGGUGCAUAUUACAACAUCACCAUAAACCUCAAAGACAUCACAGAUGACAACUUUAAGAUGGCAACUCAGAAGAGAGCGGUGGCGUUGCUGCAGGAAGCGAAGGAGAGUGCCGCCGCCAUCCUGCUCGCUGCUGAUGAGAGGAAGUGAAUUUCUUCUUCUUCUUCUACAACGUUAAACCUCAGUCUGUAUGACACAAUAGUAUUUCCUAAUUUAGAAAUGGAGGAAAUAAACAAUAACAGAAGAAAUAAAAUAUGCAAUAUAAAAAAAUAAAUAAAUAAAGCAUUAAAGUUUUUUGUUGUG